CGGAAAUCGGUAUUUACAGUUCAUUAAUGGGAGAUAAUUAGAUGAUAUUGCCAACAUGUCAAAAAAUGAAACUAAAAGUUUGCCAGUCCAUGAAAUGGACACAAACAUACUGUUUGAGAAGUACUCAGUGGACGAAAUUAGGGAUAUAGAAAAAAGAACUAGAGCUGAUAUUGAAAGAAAGAAGGAAGAUUUGAGAACCAUGGUGGGGGAGAGAUACAGGGAUCUGAUUGAAGCUGCUGAUACUAUAGCUGAGAUGAAAAACAGUGCUGAAAAAGUGAUGUCUACCAUAGGAAGGAUUGAGACACUGUGUACUGAACUGAAGAACAACCAGAUGGUGAAAAGUUCUUCUCUACAACAGAGAAAGAAACUGGAGAUAGAAAACAGGAGAAAGGAAGAAGCAAAGUUUCAUGAGGUGGCCUCACAGAUAAAACUGCUCCUGGAUAUACCUGAAAAGAUGUGGACAUGUUUAGACUGUGAGGAUUAUUUGUCAGCCAGUAGACUGUACCUUCUAGCUCAACAUAUCAACACCAGUCUGCAGCUCACAUCCCAGAAUGCUCCAAACUUCCUGUACUGGUUCCCAGUGCUUAACAGACAGUGGGCAGCAAUCAGCCACUUCAAGAUUACCAUAUUGCAGGGAUGCAGAAGACUGAUAAAGGAGACUAAAGUAUCAGAUCAGAAAAUAGCAGACAGUUUGUGUUCUAUAUUGUUGUUGGAGAACUCCAAUCCCCGUCAAGUCUUCAAUGAAUUCCUGCUGGCUAGAACAUCUGCAAUACAACAGUUGUUUCAUGUGAACAGUGAUUCAUUGGGAACGAAGGAUCAGAUAUGUACUGUGGUCCAGCUGAUCACAACAACAGUACAUCAGAUAUAUGCCGUGUUCUAUACACAUGGACAGGAAGACACACACAGUGAUGCUGCGUCAACAAAUCUGUUGCUGAGGACACUUACGAAAGUGACCACACAGAAACAACAUGAGAGUGGUUUACUGGAUUUACACAGCUCAGUGUCAGCUCGAUGUCUCCCUACAUCAGUCACUGAUUUUUGUCCAAGCCAUAAGUCUGUAUCACUGGGUGUAUCAGAACAACAUCUCCAUGACAACUGUACACAAUGGAUACAAACGUGUAUAAAUGAUGUGAAAUCAGGUGUGAGCACACUAUUGAGCUUUGUGAACACAGUGAAACACCUUGCUUCUAUCAGAGAUACAGUCUGGGAGCUCAUGUCACAGGACACAAACCUGAAUGAUUGGACAGUUGUCUGCAAAAGGGUUCUUAGUAGCUCCCUCCACAUUUGGGAUGAUCUCCUUAGACCACUGUUUGUCGACAGAGUCAAGGCAUUGAUCAAGUACCAGCUGGAAGCUACAGUAGAGGUCACUGAGAGACAGAUGAAUAAAGUCAUCACAGAACUAGAUGAUGAAUAUAGCAGUCGAUUAUGUGCUGAUACUGACCUGGCUAGUUACAUUUGGUCGGAGAGUCCCGGAGACAUAGCUGCCAAUACUGCCUGGGGUAUUGCAGGGUCAAGAUCACUGUUAGAAAGUGGAGGACUGAUGAUGAAAGCAAAGGCUUAUACUCCAAUUGUACAAACUUUUUGUAAGACAUUUGAUGACAAGUUGGAAGGUAUCAGUGAGGAUUACAAGUUCUACAUUUUCACUGAUACGGAAACGUUCAGUAUAGCGCCAGAAACCAGUCCAUUCAACAGAUUCUCAGAUUCCACAAACCUGCUCACGUUUCUACAGACAUCUUGUCUAGAAUGUGUACAAGGGAUUUUAGAGUUUCUGACAAAGUUACUGGAUGACUGUAAAAGUAAGCUGUCUGGCUCACAGCAAAGAUGUUCAAAUAUUGGAAACAAGUUGUUGUUGUCUGGGAGAUUAUGUGCAGCCAUGUGUGACCUAACUCCACAUUUACAGCAGUGUAUGAUGGGAAGUGAGCAAGUCUCUAGACAGGAUAGGUCUGUGUUGAAGAGGUCCACCUCAGGACGACAUGUAGUUGGAAAACAGGAUUCUAACAUAAUGUGGGAGAACAUAAAAUCUCAGCUUGUAAAAUACCAGCAUACUGCAUUCAGGUUAUGGAUAGACCAUGUGAUAGAGGUGGGACUGAGACAGUUCACAACUGCAGUCAGUGCUGAAACCCCAGCUCAUCUUGCUGCAACUUGUUCUAAAUGGGACGAGGUUUCUAUUGAGGAGGAGACAGAGGACGGCAAGAAAAUCACAUCUAAAAUAUCGGUUCCCAUGCAGGCCUCCUGGUACCUGAUGUCUCUGUUGUAUAGUCUGUGUAAUGAUUUAAACAACAUUGGUGGACAUGCUGUUGCCAGGAGUGUUCUGGAACACCUGGUGUGUGGUCUAUCAGAUGGUAUCAUCAGCACAUACAGGGAUGUGUUAGACCAGUCUACACAAACACAGGAACAUUGUCUGAAUCAACAGAGGGCACUUCAGCUCAUAUUUGAUGUGAAGUUCCUCCGUAUGAUCAUACCUAGAAAAGAUGAUAGUCAGGAGAGUAAGAAGUACCAGAAGAAGGUAGAGGAAGUUUUGACAAAGCUGGAGGAGAUUGUGGACCCGUUUGAUCUUGAUGUUUUCUCUCCAUUUAUACAGGGAAAUUUGACAAAAGUUCUUCAAAGAUCUGCUGUGUUGCUCGGUGGAUUAACGAGUUUGGAUAAGUCAGGAUUGUAUGGACUGACGACACGGCCGGCUCCCAGCUCACAGCAAGAGCAGCAUAAUGUUCUCAUGUUAUCUACGUGUCACAGCCGGUUCUCACUGCUUCCACUCAGUGUACAGCAGUCUAGAAUGGGGGUACCGCAACCUGUGAUCAGUCAGACAUUAUAUAGGGGUAGUGAGACGAGUGGUCCCACCUUGACAGAGACUGCGGCAGCAGUUCUUCCACACAAUGUGCAGCAGAAAAUGAAUUCCAGUUCUUCUUUCUAUGAUCGUAUAGGCAGCAUGUCAGACAUAUCUAACUGGUUCUCUAACAUAGCACAUAAAUCAUAAGUGCCUGCCUGACUAUAAAAACAACACUUCACUGGUACAAAAGUUGAAACAUAAAUCAUAGUGCCAUCCAUGUCUAUAAAACUAGACUUGACUGGUACAAGAGUUGAAUUGCUGAGGUACCAGUACUUUGCACAACCUUGGUUUCCCCAAGUUUUUCUUGUGCAAGCUUAAUUUUUGUUCUGUUGAACUCGUGAUAGUGUUUUUGAAUGAAUAUGCAUUUUAAAGUCUUGUUUCAGUUGUAUAAAGUGUAUAAAGGAGCAUAUCACUAACUGUUAUCACAGUACUCUGGUGUUUAUUGUAUAGUUGGGACAUUGUAGACAGAGAAUGCCGUUUAUAGCUGGAACUCGAGUUGAUAUAUACAUAUUUGAUUUUAUUUAUUUUAUACAUGUCUCAGUUGUUAUAACCAGUAAUUAUUAUGAGUCAUGCUACAGUGAAACUUCAGAAAGGGACAGUGCUGUAAACUGAUUUUGAAAAACUAAAAUAUAUGGUACAAAACGAUCUGUGAUAAAAAUGGUUAAGAUAUGUGUAUAUUCACAAGUGGUGUCUGAAGUUAAUGUAAACUCGUAAUUUGACAUAGAAAACAGAGCUUUAACCCACAAUUUCAUGGUACUGGAAUUUUUUUUUGUUUUAAAGAUACAAAAUUCAACUCCAUUAAGCACUGUGAUUAAUAAAGUUUUAUGUUUUUAAUAUUCAUAAAAUAACUUAAUGCAUUUUUCCAGUGUUUAUUGAGAGGGAUGAUUUUGUCAGUAUUUCUGCUGGGUUUCAUAAAUCAAUAUCGUGAUUUAUCUCGACAGUUUGGUUUCACAGUAGAGGACUAUUUCUAUGUACAAGUGGGAAAUUAAAAUCAUUGGUUUUUCUCUAUGUAAAGUGAAUAAAUUAUUAUGAUAA